GGGAGCGUGCGGCUGAUACCCAGCCGGGGCUGCGGCGGUUAGUCCUCUCUCGGCCGCCGUCGCCUCCGACAUAUUGCCCGCAGGAGCUGCGGCGGUGAGCGGAGAGCGCUGGGGGAAGGAAAUGGGAGGACGAAGAGGUCCCAACAGGACAUCUUACUAUCGAAACCCACUCUGUGAGCCAGGAUCAGCAGGGGCCUCUGGUGGGGGCCACUCUUCUAGUGCAUCGGUGAGCAGCGUCCGCUCUCGAAGCAGGACCACUUCUGGGACGGGCCUCUCCAGCCCUCCACUGGCUGCCCAGACCGUUGUGCCUCUGCAGCACUGCAAGAUCCCUGAGCUGCCAGUGCAGGCCAGCAUUCUGUUUGAGCUCCAGCUCUUCUUCUGUCAGCUCAUAGCCCUGUUUGUGCACUACAUCAACAUCUAUAAGACAGUCUGGUGGUACCCGCCCUCACACCCACCCUCCCACACCUCCCUGAACUUCCACCUGAUCGACUUCAACUUGCUGAUGGUGACCACCAUUGUUCUUGGCCGCCGCUUCAUUGGGUCCAUCGUGAAGGAGGCUUCUCAGAGGGGGAAGGUCUCCCUCUUGCGCUCCAUCCUGCUGUUCCUCACCCGCUUCACCGUUCUUACGGCAACAGGCUGGAGUCUGUGCCGGUCCCUCAUCCACCUCUUCAGGACCCACUCCUUCCUGAACCUCCUGUUCCUCUGCUAUCCGUUUGGGAUGUAUAUUCCGUUCCUGCAGCUAAACUAUGACCUCCGCAAGACGAGCCUCUUCACCCACGUGGCUCCCAUGGGACCCCGAGAGGCAGCCAGUGGCCUGGCAAGGAGUCGGGACUACUUUCUGACACUGCGGGAGACUUGGAAGCAGCACACGCGACAGCUCUACGGCCCGGAAGCCAUGCCCACCCACGCCUGCUGCUUGUCACCCAGCCUCAUUCGCAAUGAAGUUGAGUUCCUCAAAAUGGACUUCAAUUGGCGAAUGAAGGAAGUUCUUGUCAGCUCCAUGCUGAGUGCCUAUUAUGUGGCCUUUGUACCUGUUUGGUUUGUGAAGAACACACAUUACUAUGACAAGCGUUGGUCCUGUGAGCUCUUCCUGCUGGUGUCCAUCAGUACCUCUGUGAUCCUCAUGCAGCACCUGCUUCCUGCCAGCUACUGUGACCUGCUGCACAAGGCUGCCGCCCACCUGGGCUGCUGGCAGAAGGUGGACCCGGCCCUGUGCUCCAAUGUGCUGCAGCACCCGUGGACUGAAGAGUGCAUGUGGCCGCAGGGUGUGCUGGUGAAACACAGCAAGAAUGUCUACAAAGCGGUGGGCCACUACAAUGUGGCCAUCCCCUCUGAUGUCUCCCACUUCCGCUUCCAUUUCUUUUUCAGCAACCCUCUGAGGAUCCUCAACAUCCUCUUGCUGCUGGAGGGCGCCGUCAUUGUCUACCAGCUGUACUCCUUAAUGUCCUCUGAAAAGUGGCACCAGACCAUCUCCCUGGCCCUCAUCCUCUUCAGCAACUACUAUGCCUUCUUCAAGCUGCUCCGGGACCGCCUGGUAUUGGGCAAAGCCUACUCAUACUCAGCCAGCCCCCAGAGGGACCUGGACCACCGGUUCUCCUGAGUCCCGCAGUGAUCCUCGAGACAACAUCCGGGCUUCACCCAGGGGCUUCCUGGCCAAGGGCUCUCUCGGGGUUAGGGGGAGGGGAACAAAAAACAAAAAACAAAAAAAACAAAAAAACCCACCAGAGCUUUGUAUUUUUGUUACGUACUGUUUCUUUCUUUGAUAAUUGAUGUGAUAAGAAGAAAAAAGUCUUAUUUUUAUACUCUGAACAAGCCUGUGUCCUGUGAUUCUUUCUCUCCUUCCUGCCUGUUCGUCAGAGUCAGAACUAUGGGCUUGUGAGGCAGGAAGCUCCACUUGUGGCUUCUGUGGCUCUCCUCCAGUGGCUGGGAGACGUGGACAUCCCAGAGGCCACGGUGGCCAUGGUGGCUGCUGCUAACUGAAUGCGGGUUGUGUACAGAUGCUGCUGUGUGUACUGCCCCAGGCCUUGCCAGCCCUAGGAAGAUGUGUGCUGUGUGUGUUCACUCCCACAGGUGAACUGAAACUCGGAGCUCUAGUGACUUGCUCAGGGUAACUUGGCUACAGAGUGGCAUUAAAAUAAAAAUCCUGUAAAAGGUGGUGACACUGUUGUCCUAGAAGAAUAUGACUUGUUUCUCCCAGCACAUAGUCACUGCCACCCUGCCCUGUCCCCGAUAAUGGUGCUGGGCCUGGAUACUGCUCCACUGGGGAGGGACCGCUAGCAAGAUGGGUCAGGGGGUCAAGGCACUUUGUACCAACCCUGACAACCCAAGUUCCAUCCCUGGGACCAAUAUGGCAGAAGGCAGA